AUGAAAUUAAAAAACAGUAUUUUUCCGGUUUCUGGGUUUGGUUUGGAAUUUUUUAUCCCCUUCUUUGUCAAUUCAGCUUCAGGAAUAGAUUGAAGAAACCAUGGCAAAUCAGCGGGAUUACAUCAGCAGACCUAUUUGCAAUGGAAUUUCUGUUCCUGAAAAUAAAAUCAAUGCCUUAGUGGCUGAAGGUCAUGGGCAACAAAUUCUGAAAGUACUACAAAAGUUCAGAGAACAAAAUAUAUUUUUUGACUUUAAAAUCCUUGUGAAAGAUGAAAUAAUUCCUUGUCAUCGUUGUGUACUGGCAGCAUGCAGUGAUUUUUUCAGAGCCAUGUUUGAAGUUAAUAUGAAAGAACGAGAUGAUGGCAAUGUUACUAUUAGUAAUCUAUCACCCAAGGCAGUGAAAGCUUUUCUUGAUUAUGCUUACACAGGAAAAACAGAGAUAACAAACGAUAAUGUGGAAAUGCUCUUCCAACUGUCGUCAUUUCUUCAAGUUUCACUCCUUUCCAAAGCUUGCAGUGACUUUCUAAUAAAAAGUAUUGAUCUUGUGAAUUGCUUACAGUUGCUUUCUCUGUCAGAAAGUUACGGUUCUGUGCGGUUAUUUGAUCAUGCACUAGAUUUUGUACAGCACCACUUUUCCUUGCUGCUAAGAUCAAGUGAUUUUUUGGAGAUGAAUUUUGAGAUAUUACAAAAAUGUCUCGAGGCUGACGAAUUAAAUGUCCCUGAGGAAGAAUCAGUGUUGAAAGCUGUCCUUCAGUGGACCAAACAUAACUUAGAAACACGACAGAAAUAUCUGCCUAAUUUGAUUAAAAAAGUGAGACUACACCAGUUACCUGAAAAGACUUUGCAGGACUUUCUACAGUCUGAAGAACACUUACUUAAGAGUGCUAAUUGCUCAGUAAUAAUCAAUGAUGCAGUUAAAAGUGUGCAAAACUUUAGUGGACUGUUUCCAGAUGCACGUCCUUCAACAACAGAAAAAUAUAUAUUUGUUCAUAAAACUGAUGAAGAUGGAGAAAACAGACAUACAUUCUGCUACAACAUCAAAACAGAUAAAUGGAGAGAACUACCACAUACGCACAUGAUUGAUCUUCCAGGGUCAAGUUUAUCUAGCUAUGGAGAAAAAAUAUUUAUAACUGGAGGAUGCAAAGGGAAUUGCUAUAGGACGGUCAGGCUUCAUAUUGCUGAACCAUUUCAUGAUGCCACUGACCAAACCUGGUGCUACUGUCCUGUUAGCAAUGAAUUCUCCAUAGUGUCAGCUAUGAAAAAGCCAAGGACAAUGCACACAUCUGUUGUAACCUUAAAUCAGCUUUUUGUAAUAGGUGGAAAGACCAAAGGAGCUCAAGAAACCCGAAGUCUUUUGGAUGUAGAAUCCUAUAAUCCUCUUUCCAAAGACUGGAAAUCGGUAAGCCAAUUACCAAGGGGCAUCUACUAUCCAGAAGCAAGUGCGUGUCAGAAUAUAAUUUACGUCCUUGGCUCAGAAGUAGAGAUUACUGAUGCCUUUAAUCCAUCUCUUGACUGUUUCUUUAAGUAUAAUGCUAUGACUGAUCAGUGGUCUGAGCUUGUAGCAGAAUUUGGGCAAUUUUUCCAUGCAACUCUAAUCAAAGCUGUUCCAGUGAACUGUACAUUGUACAUAUGUGAUCUCUCCACCUACAAGGUCUAUAGUUUUUGCCCGGAAACCUGUGUUUGGAAAGGGGAAGGAUCUUUUGAAUGUGCUGGCUUUAAUGCAGGGGCAGUUGGGACAGAAGACAAAAUUUAUAUCUUAGGUGGUGAUUAUGCUCCAGAAGAAAUCACAGAUGAAGUUCAAGUCUACCAUAGCAGUAGGUCUGAGUGGGAAGAAGUUUCACCAAUGCCAAGAGCCUUAACUGAGUUUUACUGUCAGGUCAUUCAGUUUAAUAAAUAUAGGGACCCCUGGUCAUCUGUACUGACAAUUUGCUCUGGAGAAUUUUGAAACUCCUUAAUGAAAAGAAUAAGUAAAUGCACAAGUUUUAGAACAGAUUUUUAGGUAUUAAUUUACAGAUGGAAAAAUAUGAACUGUUUUGUUUAAAGGUUCAGUUUAAAUUGUAUGCUAUAGAAUUGCUUUUGCUAAAGUCCAUUAAGUUGUCAUUCAUGCUAGUCAUUACAUAAAAACUGUUGCUUAAUUUUAUAUGUAAGUCCUCUGUAAUUAUCUGAAUAAUUUGCAAAAUGAUACUAC